AUGGUGCAGCAAGCUUCGAAGGAGGUGAUCCCGCUGAUGACGCCGUACAAGAUGGGCCAGUUCCAGCUCUCCCACCGGGUGGUCCUCGCGCCGCUGACGAGGUGCCGCUCCUACGGCAACGUGCCGCAGCCGCACGCCGCCGUGUACUACGCGCAGCGCGCCACCAAGGGUGGCCUGCUCAUCGCGGAGGCCACGGGGGUGUCGCCCACCGCGCAGGGGUACCCGGAGACACCUGGCAUCUGGACGCAGGAGCAGGUCGAGGCGUGGAAGCCCAUCGUCGACGCCGUCCACCGGAAGGGUGGCAUAUUCUUCUGCCAGAUUUGGCAUGUCGGCAGGGUCUCGACCAAUGAUUUUCAGCCCGACGGGCAGGCGCCUAUCUCGAGCACGGACAAGCAGAUUUCUCCGGACGCCGAGUCCGGAAUGGUGUAUUCGAAGCCGCGCCGGUUGCGAACCGAGGAGAUCCCCGGCAUCGUCGAUGAUUUCAGGCGGGCUGCACGGAAUGCAAUUGAAGCCGGCUUCGAUGGUGUUGAGAUCCACGGUGCGCAUGGAUAUCUCCUCGAGCAAUUCAUGAAGGACAGUUCUAAUGACCGCACCGACGAGUACGGCGGCAGCCUGGAGAAUCGGUGCCGCUUCGCCGUGGAGGUCAUCGACGCCAUUGUCCGCGAGGUGGGCGCGCACCGCGUGGGCAUCAGGCUAUCGCCGUUUGUUGACUUCCAGGAUUGCGUGGACUCCGAUCCUGUGGCGCUUGGCCACUACAUGAUCCAGCAGCUCAACAAGCACGAGGGUUUCUCUACUGCCACAUGGUGGAACCUCGAAUGGCGAUCGUCGACGGCCGCAGGCAGAUCCCUCACAGGCUCUUGCUUGCCGUUCCGAAAGGCGUUUAACGGCACGUUUAUCGCUGCUGGCGGAUACGAUCGGGAGGAAGGCAACAAGGUAGUGGCAGAAGGCUAUGCUGACCUUGUCGCAUAUGGAAGACUCUUCUUGGCUAACCCGGACCUGCCUAAGAGGUUCGAGUUGAAUGCGCCACUGAACAAGUAUGACCGCUCUACAUUCUACACGCAAGAUCCUGUUGUUGGCUACACGGAUUACCCUAUCCUUGAAGACGGCAGCGAUACUGAUGAGUCAAGUUCUCAAGCUUAA